UGUUGUUGGAUUACAUUUGUUUGUUUUGUUGGCUUAUACUGUUUGGGGAAUAUAGGAAUAUAGUUAGUUCCAAGUAUGUUCUCCAUAUGUAAACAGUCUCAUCCUGCCACAGCAGUGGAAUUUGCAAUAACCUGCCGGUUUUUCAACAACAUCGACGAAAAUUUAGUGGUGGCGGGUGCUAAUGUGCUGAAAGUUUAUAGAAUAUUUCCGAAUUUGGAUACAUCUCAGCGGCAGCAAAAAAUAAAUCCAAAUGAUUUACGUACACCACCCAAGAUGCGGCUGGAGUGCCUGGCAUCGUAUACGCUGUAUGGUAAUGUAAUGUCCUUGCAAAGUGUUACACUAACCGGCUCAAUGCGAGAUGCUUUAUUGAUUAGCUUCAAGGAUGCUAAGUUAUCUGUUGUACAACAUGAUCCUGAUACGUAUGCCCUAAAAACACUUUCCCUUCAUUAUUUUGAGGAGGAUGACAUACGGGAUGGCUGGACAGGUCGUUAUUAUGUGCCCAUGGUGCGCGUGGAUCCAGAUGCGCGCUGUGCAAUUAUGCUGGUUUACGGUAAGCGCUUGGUUGUACUUCCCUUUCGCAAAGAGAAUGGUAUCGAUGAAAUAGAGUUGGCCGAUGUGAAGCCUAUAAAGAAAGCACCCACUGCCAUUAUGUCCCGCACCCCCAUAUUAGCUUCAUAUUUAAUAGCGCUACGAGAUCUUGAUGAGAAAAUUGACAAUGUGUUAGAUAUACAAUUCCUGCAUGGCUAUUAUGAACCGACAUUGCUCAUUCUGUACGAGCCAGUGCGUACUUUUGCAGGUCGUGUGGCUGUUCGUUCCGACACAUGUGUCUUGGUGGCAAUUUCUUUAAACAUCCAACAACGUGUUCAUCCAAUUAUAUGGACAGUGACAGGACUUCCAUUUGAUUGUUUGCAGGUUUUUCCAAUUCAAAAACCCAUAGGAGGUUGUUUGGUAACAUCGGUAAAUGCCAUAAUGUAUCUGAAUCAAAGUGUGCCUCCCUAUGGUGUAUCAUUAAACAGUUCUGCGGAUCAUAGCACUAAUUUCCCGCUCAAACCGCAGGAUGGCGUUCGCAUUAGUUUGGAUGCUGCCAAUAUAGCUUUUAUUGAUGUCGACAAAUUGGUGGUUUCCUUGCGGACCGGAGAUCUUUAUGUGGUUACUUUAUGUGUUGAUUCCAUGCGAACAGUUCGUAAUUUUCACUUCCAUAAGGCCGCCGCCAGUGUGCUGACAAGUUGCAUGUGUGUUUGCCAAAGUGAAUAUCUGUUUUUGGGUUCGCGUCUGGGCAAUUCCCUUCUGCUGCACUUUACUGAAGAGGACCAAAGCACUGUCAUAACCUUGGAUGAAUACGAUACUAAUGAGACAACUAGUGGCAAUGUAACCACACCCGAUGAAACCCGCAAAGCCCGUCGAAUUGAAGAUGAAGAACUCGAAGUGUAUGGCUCGGGAGCAAAGACAUCGGUACAGUUAAGAAAAUACAUAUUUGAAGUUUGCGAUAGCUUGCUGAAUGUUGGCCCCAUCAAUUUCAUGUGUGCAGGCGAGCGUGUCGAAUUUGAGGAAGGUGGCACGACAAUGCGCCCCCAAGCCAAUCAGCUAUCAGAGUUAAAAAUUGACAUUGUGGCAUCAAUUGGCCAUAAUAAGAAUGGAGCUUUGUGUGUUUUUGCCAACUGCAUUGAUCCUCAAGUGAUAACAUCGUUUGAGCUGGAUGGGUGUUUGGAUGUUUGGACUGUCUUUGAUGAUGUGAGCAAGAAAUCCAACCACCAGGAUCACCAUGAUUUCAUGAUACUGUCCCAGAGAACUUCGACAUUGGUCCUGCAGACAGGAGAAGAAAUCAAUGAAAUUGAUAACACUGGCUUUAGCUAUAACCAGCCCACAAUUUUCGUGGGAAAUUUGGGCCAAAAUCGUUUCAUUGUCCAGGUUACUACUCGUUCGGUGCGGCUGCUGCAAGGAAAACGUCUGAUACAAAAUGUACCCAUCGACGAGGGAGCUCCUGUUGUGCAAGUGUCCACUGCUGAUCCAUAUGUUUGCCUUCGAGUGUUGCACGGCAAGGUCAUCACUUUGGCAUUGAGAGAAACAAAAGGUACACCGCGAUUGGCCAUUAACAAAAAUACCAUCAGCAGUGUUCCAGCGGUUAUAUCCUUAGCGGCUUACAAAGACCUUUCCGGAUUAUUUACCACGAAAUCUGAUGAUGUUCUGAAUCUAACAGGCAGCAGUGGGAAUUCACUUUACAGCGGUUUGGGAUAUAUGAAAGCAGAGCCGAAUAUGAAAAUAGAAGACGAGGAAGAUCUUUUGUACGGCGAAACAGGCAAUGCCUUCAAAAUGAACAGCAUGGCUGAUUUGGCAAAACAGUCAAGGCAAAAAAAUUCUGAUUGGUGGCGUCGUCUUCUGAUGCAAGUGAAGUCAACCUAUUGGUUGGUGGUAGGCAGAGAAAGUGGUACCCUUGAGAUAUAUUCCAUGCCCGAUAUGAAGCUGGUAUAUUUGGUCAAUGAUGUAGGUAACGGUGACACCGUGCUGACAGAUUCCAUGGAAUUCGUGCCAGCCAACCUAAACCAGACCGACAAUAAACAGGGAAUACUGCUGAAUUGUAUGCCACAGCAUGCAAAUUCUCCUUUGCCCAUUGAAUUGUCGUUGGUGGGUCUUGGCUAUCAAGGAAACCGACCAUUGCUUAUGAUACGUACCCGCUCGGAAUUGUUAAUCUACCAAGUGUAUCGAUAUGCCAAGGGCCACAUGAAGAUACGUUUCCGUAAAAUAAACACCAUUAACGUACGUGACGACGAUGACAAAAUGAUGGAAGUUGAUGACGACGACAACUCGGAAUUUGAAUCAUACAACCUACAAGAUCGUUAUAUUAGCAAACUGAGAUUUUUCACCAAUAUAUCGGGCUUGAAUGGGGUAGUGGUUUGUGGACCCAAUCCUUGCUUUAUAUUCCUCACCGGCAAGGGCGAACUAAGGGUGCAUAAAUAUACGAAUGGCUAUUUGAGAAGUUUUUCAGCGUUUAAUAACGUCAACUGCCCGCAGGGAUUUCUAAGUUUCGAUACUACGUUCGAUUUGAAGAUUUGUGUGCUACCACCAUACCUCACCUACGACUCUGCCUGGCCUGCGCGAAAAGUCCCACUGCGUUGUACCCCCAAACAGAUUGUUUAUCACCGUGAAAAUCGAGUGUAUUGCCUCAUCACCCAAACCGAGGAAAUCACUAACAAAUAUUAUCGAUUCAAUGGCGAAGACAAAGAAUUGACGGAGGAAAACAAGGGUGAGCGCUUUAUAUAUCCUACCAUGUCGAAAUUUACUAUGGUACUUGUGAGCCCCGAAACAUGGGAAAUUGUUCCGGAUGCCUCAAUUGAAUUUGAAAACUGGGAGCAUGUGACUGCAUUUAAAAUAGUCAAACUGGCCUACGAGGGUACACGAUCGGGACUCAAGGAGUACCUGUGCAUUGGCACCAAUUUCAACUACAGCGAAGAUAUUACAUCACGUGGUAAUAUACAUAUUUACGAUAUAAUCGAAGUGGUUCCGGAGCCGGGAAAGCCAUUAACAAAGUUCAAGUUAAAGGAGAUUUUCAAAAAAGAACAAAAGGGGCCCGUCUCUGCCAUAGCGGACGUUCUUGGGUUUCUUGUAACGGCAUUUGGACAAAAGAUAUACCUUUGGCAACUUACGGACGACGAUCUCAUAGGCGUGGCGUUUAUUGAUACCAACAUAUAUGUACAUGAAAUUAUUUCAAUCAAAUCGCUGAUACUUAUUGCCGAUGUCUACAAGUCCGUGAGUGUUUUACGCUUUCAAGAGGAAUUCCGCACAUUGUCGCUGGCUUCAAGAGAUUUUUACCCAUUGGAGGUUUUCGGCAUAGAGUUUAUGGUGGACAACACAAAUUUGGCUUUUCUGGUAUCGGAUGCCGAGAAGAACUUUAUUGUGUACAUGUAUCAGCCCGAGGUUCGCGAAUCUAUAGGCGGUCAAAAGCUUUUGCGCAAAGGGGACUAUCACCUGGGCCAAACCGUCAACACAAUGUUUCGAGUACAAUGCCAUCAGCGGGGGCCUAUGCAAAGGCAACCGUUCAUGUAUGAGAAUAAACAUUUCGCCGUCUUUGGUACCCUGGAUGGCGGUAUAGGCUACUGUAUGCCAUUGCCAGAAAAAGUUUACCGACGCUUUUUAAUGUUGCAGAAUGUGCUGCUUUCGUACCAGGAGCAUCUAUGUGGCUUAAAUCCCAAAGAAUUUCGUACCAUAAAGAUGGCAAAGAAACUCUCAAUCAAUCCUAGCCGCUGUAUAAUCGAUGGUGAUUUAAUUUGGUCCUUUGCCAAUAUGACUGUUGCUGAGCGCAAUGAGGUCGCCAAGAAAAUCGGUACCAAAACUGAGGACAUACUAAGUGAUCUUUUGGAAAUAGAAAGGCUAACCGCUGUGUUUUAAAACAAAAUAGAUUGUGCGCACUGCACGAUCCACACAAUUUUUUGAAUUUUACUUUAUCGUAACUGGCAAUUGAUUGCUGCCAAUAAAAAUAGAAUUAUAUAUUGUACCAUUA